AUGUGGCACGGACACUGUGUGAAGAAAUUAUGUUUGACAACAUUAUAGAUAAAUUCUGUUUUAAUAACAUCUUAUGAUGUGGCACGAUAAGAUGACGGUACGAUGAGUCAUGAACCGUGUUUGGUCCUAGCCGGAGGCGCGACCAGAGCGACGACGGUCACGCUCGAAAUUGGACAAUUCUGCCUUUAGCCGGUCUACUCGACGACGGUCACACUCGAAAUUGGCCACAACCCAGCCGGUCUACUUGCAGGUUGCAGCGAAAAGGACACUUCAAUCUCGUUGCAAGCAAGCGAAGAGAGGUCGUCGAUGAUCUCGAGAUCCCCAGAUCUCUUUAAGUUCCGCGGCGUCGUGAGCCCACGAAACCACCGCUCUUUCCACCACCGCCACCCCCCGCCCCCUCCCGCCCCCACCAUGUCCGACCUCCGCCCGCCGGAGCACCAGGUCGCCGGCCACCGCGCCUCCGCCAACAAGCUGGGCCCGCUCGUCGACGGCUCCGGCCUCUUCUACAAGCCGCUCCAGGCCGGGGACCGCGGGGAGCAGGAGCGCGCCUUCUACGAGGCGUUCUCCGCCCACGCCGCCGUCCCGCCCCGCAUCCGGGACGCCUUCUUCCCGCGGUUCCACGGCACGCGCCUCCUCCCCACCGAGGCGCGGCCCGGGGAGCCGCACCCGCACCUCGUCCUCGACGACCUCCUCGCCGGCCUCCAGGCGCCCUCCGUCGCCGACAUCAAGAUCGGCUCCAUCACGUGGCCGCCGAGCUCACCGGAGCCCUACGUCGCCAAGUGCCUUGCCAAGGACCGCGGGACCACCAGCGUCCUCCUCGGCUUCCGCGUCUCCGGCGUCCGGGUCGUCGCCCCCGGGGGCGCCGUGUGGCGCCCGGAGCGCCCGGAGCUCAAGGCGCUGGGCACCGCCGGCGUUCGCCGCGUGCUCCGGCGCUACGUGUCGUCCGUUUCCGGCGAGGUGGCGGACUGCGCUCUCGCCGCGGCGGUGUACGGCGGGGAAGGGGGAGUCUUGUCGCAGCUGCGCGAGCUGAAGGCGUGGUUCGAGGAGCAGACUCUGUUCCACUUCUACUCGGCCUCGAUUCUUCUGGGCUAUGACGCCAAUGCAGUGUCAGCGACCGGAGCUGGGGGCGGGGUGAGGGUGAAGUUGGUGGACUUUGCUCAUGUCGCUGAGGGUGAUGGGGUGAUUGAUCACAACUUCCUGGGUGGGCUCUGCUCGCUGAUCAAGUUCAUUUCUGACAUUGUUUCGGAGGCUCCUGAGACGCCGCCAUUGGCUCCUUAACAGGAGAAGAUCUUGGCGUAUGGGAGUUGAUGACAAAGGCGUAAAGUUUUGUCCCAAAAGGAAACCUCCGAGCUGCAGCUGCUGGUUGUGGAAAUGCGAGACGAGUCAGCUCAGCCGGUUGCCUCCUUCCCUGCAAACAUACGGCAACAUGUACCUUUUUGAAACCCGAUCUUCUGAAUACGGUUGAGCUGAUUGCAUAAUGAAAACCCAGAGGUCACCACUCUCCUGGUGAACAUUGAGACGCGUGCAAUGCAGGCGUGUUGAUCCAGCAAACAUUACCAGUCCCGUUCUGCUUUGGUGCU